AUGUCGAAACUGAUCGUAGGCCUCGCAAUCCGCCAUUCUUCAGAUGAAGCAUCAACAAGACGUGCAGCGGUUUUCAAACUAGGAGGCUGUGUGUUGAUAGGCACUUUAGUGCAGCACCGCGAUAGGAGAGACAUUUCAAUUGACCUGCUCAAACAUAAUAAUCGCAAUGGUCGGCGUCGUUAUAGACAGAAACAGCCGCGGUAUGCGCUGGCACUACGUGAUGGUGGACGAAGUUUGUUUGCAUAUUACGAGACCGAGAUGUUGCAGUUGCUCGCACUGCCAAAUUAG